AUGACCCUCAACGACUUCAUUCAGCGCCACCAGAAGAUGGACAAGCGGGAGGUGAAGGCUGAGGGCGUAGACAGUGAUGGCAACCCCGUGACCUUCGAGUACGAGCUGCACGAGAGGAAAUUCAAAGGGCACGAGACGGCCGGUGACGUGGAGGCGUGCUACGAGCUGUCGUUGAAGUUCGUGCGUGAAAUCGAUAAGGAGCUGGAGUGGCGCAUGAGGGACCUGGCGCAUCUGGAGGGGUCGAAGCUUGAACGUGUAUGUGGGGGGGGGGGGGCGGUGCAGGGGGCGGUAGAUCUGGUGCAGGUGCAUGUGGAGGAGGCGAAAGAGGCUCUUAUCAAAGAGCUCGCCAAGAUACUCACAGGCCGUGCCGCCCCUGGCCUGCUUGACCACGUGCACUUGGAGGCAUACGGCCGCCCCUCGCCAUUGUCACGCGUGGCCACAGUCACAGUCAAGGAUCCCCAGCUGCUCUCCGUCACUCUGCACGAUGCUUCUCUGCUAGGAGCGGCGAUGAAGGGCCUGCAGGAGUCACCCAUGGGGCUGAACCCCUCUCACACCUCACAUACUGCCAUCCUCGUGCCCAUUCCCAAACUGACCAAGGAAGUGAGAGAGGCUAUGUUCAAGCUGGCGCAAAAGGCAGCGGAGUCUGCGAGAGUGAGCUUGCGGCGGGCGAGGAAGGAGGGAAUGGACGCUAUAAAGAAAGCAGCAGAUGUGAUUCCCGAGGACGAGCGCAAGCGGGCGGAAAAGAAGGUGGAGGAUGCUGUAGCAGCAGCAAAGAAGCAGCUGGAUGCUAUAUGCGAGGCCAAGGAGAAAGAGCUCAAGGGGUAG